GGUGCAUUGUUUUCACGGCUAUUGUUAUGCUGAUUCACCUGGAACCGUGGUCCAGUGGGAAAAAACUUGGGUUUCAAUAAUACUGAGUCAAGUCCGGUUAGCAAAGUAAGUACCUGGAUGGGUGACCCUGAAACUUAUGCCUACUAAAAAAAUUUUGCAAUUUUUCCCCCCUAACUUUUUAUCGUUUAAAAUCCGUUUUACUACGUUGAAGACUCGUCGAACUGCCGGGCGUUUAAUCUGUAAUAUCACUAGCAAUUUUUCUAAGUACCAUGACUGAUGAAUCGGCUCGUAGUCUUGGUUUGCACGUGACGUCUUUGCCACUUUAAAAAAAGAAUUGUCCAUUAAUUAUUUUGUUUUAUCAUCAAACAUGGCCACUGUGUCUUUGGUUAUUUCAUUCUCGUGGGAAUAAUUGAAAAAAGGAACUAGGAGUAUCCCUUAUACCUGAACUAGGAGUAUCCCUUAUACCUGAACUAGGAGUAUCCCUUAUACCUGAACUAGGAGUAUCCCUUAUACCUGAACUAGGAAUAUCCCUUAUACCUGAACUAGGAAUAUCCCUUAUACCUGAACUAGGAGUAUCCCUUAUACCUGAACUAGGAAUAUCCCUUAUACCUGAACUAGGAGUAUCCCUUAUAACUGAACUAGGAGUAUCCUUUGGAUUCGGCCGUACCUUCCCCACCCUCCCCUCCCACAUACCAAACUUUAACCCCGCUGACAAAUAACUCAAGGCUCACACUCACCUUCCCUUAUCUUUGAAUACAAAAUCAAAGAGAAUUAAUCCUCUGUUUUCACUCUUUGAAAAAAAUAUACUUUCUUCAGCCUAAUACAGAAGAAUAUGUAAGGACUCAAGCUCCAAUUCGUCAUCCUUUGAUGCUGAAAAGCUGGAAAAAAGCCUAAUCUUUCAACCAAUUCGCGCCAAAAUUUUGAAGGGUCGCUGAGAGUGUUUUCACGUAUAUUUAUGAGGUAUUUCAGAAUCUAUAGUCAUUGAUGCCAAAGAAAGUCCCAUUUCAAGUUGUGCACUGCUCUGGUGCAGAUGAAGGGCACAGCGCUAAAGAACUAGAGGUUCAUAGCCCUACUACAAAGGGAUGGCAGUCGUCAAGGUUUUGCCUGUUUCCCCAAGAAAUAGUUUUAAUGUUAAAAGAUACACUGAGAAUACGAAAACUACAGGUCUUGGCUCAUCAAUAUUUGAUACGCCAGAGAGCUAAAAUCUAUUCAUCUGGAUGCCGAGGGACAGUUCAUUAAAUUGUUAAUACACAAGAAUCAUGUCAAUAGAUAUAACUUAUACAACCAGGUGAAUCUGGUGGCGGUGAAUGUGAUUGCAGAUCCACAUGACAACAUGUAUGAUGAUCCUCUAGACCCUGAUCCACUGAAGAGUGUUGACAACAUUGUCCAUAGAUACAUGAAGCCAGAGAGUCUUGCAUCAAUGACGGGGGACCCUAUAUGGGGUAAAAUAAACAGAACUGAAUUUGUGUCUCCGAUGGAUGAUUUAGCAUUUGAUAUGUACCAGGAUCCAGAAACAGCUAAUUUAAUCAGAAGAUUAGAAUCAAAGAAAAGAGAAGCAGUGCAAAGUAAGCCUCAAUAUACUAUAAUGCUGACUGCAGAUCACAGUAAUUUUAGACAGAGUGAUGAGUUUAGACUUUAUGUAUAUAAACAGCUUAACUUAAAUGAACUGCUUGAGUUAAAUGGGCAACACUUUCGUGAGCCUGUCAAUUUACACAUAACUCCGCCGUUACCUCCAAUAGCAACAUACAAAACAUCACCACCCCCACCCCCUCCACAUCAAGAACCCAGAGCAUCACCCCCCUUACGGCCUGUAAACCUUAAARCCCAUACUACUCCUGUCCCAGAACCCCAGAAAGAAGUAUCCCCAAGAAUGGAUGAUGAAGCAGAUGAAAGACCCCUCCCUACCAUCAACAAAAGCAAACCUGUGGAAGAAGAUAAUGAACAAGAUGAUGGUACAAGUCCAUCUUCAACAGAUGGUCCAGAGCCACUGAAAGAUAACGAUGCUAGAGUAGCUUCUUCGGUCAUUGCCGUUUUUGGUGAACACUUGGUUCAAUGUGCUUACUCCAAGCACUGGAAAUACCGACAAGAAGCUAUGGAAAUGCUUGACAAGGAAAUGACAUCAUCAUCAGACCUGACUCAAGACCAGGAUCCUYGUUCCGUUGCCAGGGCAACUGCGUUUCUUCUCAAGAAGGGCAUUGGAGAAAAAGUCUUAUCUGUUUUUAGUCUGUCUUUAACUGUGCUGAGAUCUCUCUUGAAGAACUAUAUUCCAGAACAUAAACUAGGGAAAGCAGAAACACAGCAAGUCCUAGAAAAGGUGGUUGAACCAGCCCUUCAUCAUAUCCAUGGAGAAGUCAGAGACACUGCUGUUAAUGUGAUUUUUGAAAUGUACAAAAAGGUUGGUGAGCCAAUCAAAUCAUACCUCCCACCCGAUGAACCAGCCACAAGAAAGAAUCCAUUAUAUCGAUCAAUAUUUGAUGGCUUCGACAAAAUUGAUGGCAAACCAACCGAAUCAGAACGACGAGCACAAGCCAAAAUUGACAGGAAAAAUGCUGAGAAGAAAAAGCAAGCGGAG